UUCCUUCCCGUCUGCCGGCAGCCAUCAGGUAAGCCAGGAUGGGCACGUACAAGUACAUCCAGGAGCUAUGGAGAAAGAAGCAGUCGGACGUGAUGUGCUUUCUCCUGCGGGUCCGCUGCUGGCAGUACCGCCAGCUCUCGGCGCGGCACAUGGCGCCGCGCCCCACGCGGCCUGACAAGGCGCACAGGCUGGGCUACAAGGCCAAACAAGGUUAUGUCAUCUAUAGGAUUCGUGUGCGCCGUGGUGGCCACAAGCGCCCGGUUCCCAAGGGUGCGACCUACGGCAAGCCUGUCCAUCAUGGCGUUAACCAGCUCAAGUUUGCGCGAAGCCUUCAGUCUGUUGCCGAGGAACGAGCUGGGUGCCACUGUGGAGCUCUGAGAGUCCUGAAUUCUUACUGGGUUGGUGAAGAUUCCACAUACAAAUUCUUUGAGGUUAUCCUCAUUGAUCCAAUCCAUAAAGCCAUCAGAAAUCCUGACACCCAGUGGAUCACCAAGCCAGUCCACAAGCACAGGGAAAUGUGUGGGCUGACAUCUGCAGGCCGCAAGAGUCGUGGCCUUGGAAAGGGUCACAAGUUCCACCACACUAUUGGUGGUUCUCGCCGUGCAGCCUGGAGAAGGCGCCAUACCCUCCAGCUGCACCGUUACCGCUAACUCAAGUAAUGUUUGUAAAAUUCAUACCUAAUAAACCAUUUAGGACAGUCAAAAAA